GUUGAAACAAUCCCCAUAGCAAACCUGGAUAUUUAUGUAUGUCUGGAGUAUAAUUAUUUAUCUCAAAUCCCCGCAGCCGGAAUCUUGAAGCUAUCCCCUCUCAGAAAUCACAGACAUAAGCAUCAAGCAACAAUAAAUGUAUGUCUUGUUAGUGCGCAACAGACUGAGUCUUGAAGUCUCCAAAUUGGAUGCCAUACAAUCAUCAUCUCUCCGGCUAAGUGUACUCGCCUUCAUCGUCACCAAAGUUUCCGAAUCUUCACUCUUCAAACCUUAACUCUGUGCAGCAAGUCAAAUGAAUCCUGUCUUACUAUAACUAAUCGCUAGCUAGUUGAACUGCGCAGCAAUCGAAGCUAGGCGAAGCGAUCAUGAUUUCAUUCAGAGGCAGAUGGUUAAUUUACGUUCUUCUAUCAGCCACCCUCCUAUUUCUUUAUCACAGAAGCGGGCCAGAUGCCUUCGCCCCAAAUCCAAAUUAUCCAAAGCUGCCGAAAGGAUUCUCAUUCGAUUGGAAGAACUUCAAAGAAAAAUACCCAGUGAAAUCAUUUGUGCCGCUACCGUCGGACCCGGUAAAAAGGCUGCCCAGAGUUCAGCAUGUGUUCUCCGACAAAGGUUUCAAAGAAGUUCUAUCGAAGCAAAUACCCCGACAAGAAGCUGUCAAACAGUCAUUUAUUCGCGCGUGGAAUGCGUAUAGGAGUUACGCAUGGAUGCGCGACGAAGUUACUCCGCUUACAAAAGGAUCCUAUGACACUUUUGGUGGAUGGGCAGCCACCCUGGUUGACAGUCUUGACACCCUAUGGAUCAUGGGCCUGAAGGACGAAUUCCACGAGGCUGUACGCGCUGUUGCCAAUAUCGACUUCACUACCACUGAAUCUAAGGAAAUCAAUGUCUUUGAAACAACAAUCCGCUACCUGGGUGGUCUCUUAUCAGCCUAUGACCUGAGUGGAGAACAUGUCCUUCUUACCAAGGCCACGGAGCUGGGAAACAUUCUCUACGCCGCCUUUGACACUCCAAACCGCAUGCCCGUUACCCGCUGGAAAAUCCAUUCCGCGUUCCUGGGACUCGAGCAGGAAGCCUCCCGCUUCUGUCUUCUUGCCGAGAUCGGCUCCCUGACCAUGGAAUUCACGCGCCUGUCACAACUCACCAAGGACCCCAAAUGGUACGAUGCCGUGCAUCGAAUUAUGAAAAUGUUUGAAGAGAAGCAGAGCAAGACGAAGCUUCCGGGGAUGUGGCCUCUGGUUCUCGAUGCACGCACGCAAAAUUUCGAAGGGAAAGUGCAUACCUUUACGCUGGGCGCGAUCGCAGACUCCCUUUACGAGUACAUGCCAAAGAUGCACGCGCUGCUGGGCGGCGUGGAUGAUAAGUAUGAGCGAAUGUACAGGGAUGCCAUGGCUGUGGUGGCCAAACAUAUUCUUUAUAGACCCAUGGUGCCCGAUAAUGCAGAUAUACUCAUUUCCGGCAAGGUGACUACGCGUGACGACGGAGGCGUCGAGCUGGAUGCCGAAGGCCAACAUCUUGUUUGCUUCGCCGGUGGCAUGUUCGCGCUGGGGUCCAGGUUGUUCGAUAUCCCCUCCCAUAUGGAUAUCGCGCGGAAACUUACGGACGGUUGUAUCUGGACAUACAAAGCGACCCCGUCAGGGAUGAUGCCCGAGGUGUUCCACAUGGUUCCAUGCCCGGCCAACGGACCCUGCAUGUGGGACGAGAGCAGGUACAAGGAGGCAGUAGUCACCGCACAUGCCAGAUCCAUUUUCUCGCCCGAUGGCGACAAACAAUGGUACAAGGACAACAGCGCAGAAGCCAUCAUUGCUCGCGAACGCCUCCCCAAGGGUAUCAGAUCUAUAGAGGAUAGACGCUAUAUCCUUCGCCCGGAGGCCAUCGAGAGUGUCUUCAUCUUAUAUCGCAUUACAGGCCGGACAGAACUGCUUGAUACGGCAUGGGACAUGUUCACGGCCAUUGAGGAGAUGACGAAGGCGCCCUUUGGGAACGCAGCGCUGAAUGACGUUACGGUCCCUAGGGGAACGGCUGGUAACGCGCCGUUGUCAAACCGAAUGGAGAGCUUCUGGCUGGCGGAGACGCUGAAGUAUUUCUAUUUGAUGUUCAGUGACCCUAGUUUGAUUAGUUUAGAUGAAUAUGUGUUGAAUACGGAGGCGCAUCCGUUUCGGAGGAUGGGAUGAUAAAUGUUUUUAUUAAAUAAUGGGUGCGUUUUGCGAAUUUUGUAUACGUAUAAAUGUGAGUUUUUUUGGACCCUUGUUCGUUGAGUAAUGUCCGACAAGCAUGUCCUAGUGAUCUUGGUGGUAGCUAUGUAUACAUACCUACUUUUAGCUAAUAUAAUAUAUUCAAAUAUACAUAUCAGCAGAGAUCUAUAGCAUAUAUCUGGGAAGAGGCGAUGAUCAUAGUCACUAAUUUUACAUGAUUUAUAUCACCAUUAAAUCACUGUUUCUGGUAUCCCCUCCCCCAAUCCCCAGAGCAUAUGGAAAAUACCGAAAGAGAAACCAUAUCCACUAGCCCUCAUCAGGUAAAAGGCCGUUGUCUUCUACUCUCUGCGAACUUCUCCUUUCGUAUCUUCUCGUACCUGUUUGGUAGGCGACAACUAUUUUUGGAGGCGUAUGAAUGAUAAUAAUCACCCGACCUGAUAUCAAUGCAUCGAUUAUCAAAAUAAUACCAUCACUUUAAAUGUGUCCUGGUUCAGCGAGAUGUUAUCGGGGUUGAUCUCUCAAAGCAAUUCAUGGAAUUAUUGGCCUCAAAGGAGUAUUUUCCAUCGUC